AUGGCGACCAUCGAUGGACGACCUGCCCAAUACCAGAUCACGCAGAAAAAUCUGCGUGAGAUUAUGGAACACCGAGGUCGUGAAGCGGUGUCAAAGGUGAACGAAUACGGUGGUGUGAAUGAAAUCUGUCGAAAAUUGUAUACUUCGCCAAACGAGGGUCUAAGUGGAUCGAAGGCCGACAUUGACCAUCGGCGGGAGACGUUUGGGUCGAACAUAAUUCCGCCAAAGCCCCCCAAGUCGUUCUUGACUCUUGUUUGGGAGGCGCUGCAGGAUGUGACGUUGAUUAUUCUCGAGAUAGCCGCCAUCAUUUCAUUGCUGUUGUCGUUUUAUCAACCGGCGGACGAUGACGAGCCAACGAUACAAGAAGAAGAAGAGCACUAUUCGUGGAUCGAAGGACUAGCCAUCUUGGUGUCGGUGUUCGUGGUAGUUAUUGUGACGGCAUUCAACGACUACUCGAAAGAGAAACAAUUUCGCGGUUUGCAAUCGCGUAUCGAGGGUGAGCACAAAUUCUCAGUAAUCCGCGGUAGUGACCCGGUGCAGAUAAAUAUCGGUGACAUCGUGGUCGGCGACAUCUGCCAGAUCAAAUAUGGUGAUCUGUUACCGGCUGAUGGCAUUCUUAUUCAGAGCAAUGACUUGAAAAUUGACGAGUCGUCACUGACGGGCGAGUCGGAUCACGUGAAGAAGAAUGAAACAACCGAUCCCAUAGUUCUGUCCGGCACGCAUGUGAUGGAAGGAAGCGGGAAAAUGGUGGUGACGGCAGUAGGCGUGAACUCGCAGGCCGGUAUCAUCUUCACUUUACUGGGGGCUGCUGUAGACGAGCACGAAGCGGCUGCAAAGCAAAAGAAAAAGGAAGCUAAAAAAGCGAAGAAGGCGGGUGGUGCUAAGGACGAAAUCACCAACAACAGCCACGGGCAUCCCCAAGGACUACGAAGCCAGAACACAGUUGAUUCCAUCACCUCAGAUGACGGGGGUGAAGACGGUAAGGCUAGCGGAGGCGAAGGCGGUCACGGUGGCAAGGAAAAGUCUGUACUGCAGGCUAAACUAACAAAACUCGCUAUUCAAAUCGGUUAUGCUGGCUCCACAAUCGCCGUACUAACGGUGAUCAUUCUGAUCAUCCAGUUCUGCAUUCAAACGUUUGUGAUCGAGCAAAGGCAAUGGCGGAACUCAUACGCGAACAAUCUCGUGAAGCACUUCAUUAUCGGUGUGACGGUGUUGGUUGUCGCUGUGCCGGAAGGUUUGCCACUGGCUGUCACACUUUCGCUCGCGUACUCGGUGAAGAAAAUGAUGAAAGACAACAAUUUGGUACGACAUCUGGACGCAUGUGAGACGAUGGGUAAUGCUACAGCAAUCUGUUCAGAUAAAACGGGCACGCUGACUACGAACCGGAUGACUGUUGUGCAGUCGUACAUCUGCGAGAAAUUAUGCAUGGUAACUCCCAAGUUCUCCGAUAUUCCACGAGUUGUAGGCGAAGCGAUCGUGGAGGGAAUUUCACUAAACUCGGCCUAUACUUCUGGGUUAAUGCCGGGUCAAAAUCCCGGAGAUCCGUUGCAGCAAGUCGGUAACAAAACGGAGUGCGCUCUGCUCGGUUUUGUGAAUGGGCUGGGUCGCAACUAUCAAACAAUUCGUGACGCCAAUCCGGAGGAUACAUUCACGCGCGUAUACACUUUCAACUCAGUGCGCAAAUCGAUGAGCACGGUGGUACCGAAAUCGAAUGGAGGUGGUUACCGCGUUUUUAGCAAAGGCGCCUCAGAGAUUAUAUUGAAGAAAUGUGCCUUCAUUUUUGGUCAAGACGGCGUGCUGGAGAAAUUCACACGGGACAUGCAGGAGCGGCUGUUGCAUCAGGUUAUCGAGCCUAUGGCGUGCGACGGGCUGCGAACAAUUUGCAUCGCGUUUCGUGACUUUGUACCCGGUAAGGCCAACAUCAACGAGGUGCACUACGACAGUGAGCCAAAUUGGGACGAUGAGGAGAACAUCAUCAGUAAUCUGACGUGCUUGUGCGUGGUCGGCAUUGAAGAUCCGGUUCGACCAGAAGUACCAGAGGCAAUUCGCAAGUGUCAGCGCGCAGGUAUUACGGUCCGAAUGGUUACCGGUGACAACAUCAACACGGCACGUUCAAUCGCAACCAAGUGCGGCAUCUUGCGGCCGCAAGAUGACUUCCUCAUUCUGGAAGGCAAGGAGUUCAACCGACGCAUUCGUGACAACAACGGAGACAUCCAGCAGCAUCUGCUAGAUAGGGUGUGGCCGAAACUACGUGUACUGGCACGCUCGUCGCCCACCGAUAAGUACAAUCUGGUGAAGGGCAUCAUCGAUAGUAAAAUCUCUGCGAGCCGCGAGGUAGUGGCAGUAACCGGUGACGGCACCAAUGACGGACCUGCACUGAAGAAAGCCGACGUUGGCUUUGCAAUGGGCAUUGCGGGAACGGAUGUGGCGAAGGAAGCCUCAGAUAUCAUCUUGACUGACGACAAUUUCAGCAGCAUCGUGAAGGCAGUAAUGUGGGGUCGUAAUGUGUACGACUCGAUCGCUAAGUUCCUUCAGUUCCAGCUGACCGUGAACGUGGUGGCCGUAAUUGUGGCAUUCAUUGGUGCUUGUGCUGUGCAGGAUUCUCCGCUAAAGGCGGUACAGAUGCUGUGGAUGAAUUUGAUCAUGGACACGCUCGCGUCACUAGCACUUGCUACCGAGAUGCCAACACCGGAUCUGCUUUUGCGUAAGCCGUACGGUCGCACGAAGCCAUUAAUCUCGCGAACUAUGAUGAAGAACAUUCUCGGUCAGGCGGUUUAUCAACUGUUCAUCGUAUUUGGGCUGUUGUUCGUCGGUGAUCGGUUCCUAGAUAUCGAAUCGGGACGCGGUCAACCACUCAAUUCAGAAGCAACUCAGCACUUCACUAUCAUCUUUAAUGUUUUCGUGUUCAUGACGCUCUUUAACGAAUUGAAUGCGCGUAAAAUUCACGGCCAGCGUAACAUCUUCCAGGGCCUAUUUACCAAUCCGAUCUUCUACUCGAUCUGGAUCAUAACACUCGUAUCACAGGUGUUCAUCAUACAAUUCGGCAAGGUGGCGUUCUCCACUAAAGCUCUCAACAUUGAACAAUGGCUAUGGAGUGUGUUCUUCGGGCUCGGCACGCUGAUCUGGGCCCAGAUCGUAACGAGCAUUCCGACACGCAAGAUGCCGAAAAAGAUGGCCUGGGGCCGCGGCCACCCGGAGUCCGAGUAUACAGAGGCGAUUCGGCUCGGCGAGGAGCGCUACGAAACGAUGGAUAAUGACAAGAAACCCCGUGCAGGUCAGAUAUUAUGGAUCCGCGGCCUUACCCGGCUGCAGACCCAGCUUCGUGUUGUACGUGCAUUUCGAUCCACAUUAGAAGAUUUAGAGGAACGCCGUUCCAUUCAUAGCUUACAUAGUCUUAGAAGUUCACGCAGUCAUCCCGGAGGCAUGAGCACGAGUGGUACAAUGACUAGUCAAGGUCUCUCAAAUCUCUUAUAUCCACCAGGUUCCAACAUCCAAACCGGCCGGCUAAUAGGUACUAAUGUUGGCGAUCUUAAGUAUAUUGAUGAAGAUCAAAGACUUCAUAAUAAUCAGCAUAUUAUAGAGAAAUUCGCGGUUUGGACAAAAUCGACAACAGUCUAAAAUGAGAUUCCUUCCUUUGCUCUUGAAUGUAACAGAUGAGGAAAUGCAACAUACUGAAUGCGUUAAAUGAGAGGCAGUUUAUGUACCCGUGCCGUGCGAGUUAUGCGAGGAAUGAGAAAUCGUACCAAUUUUUCGAACAGUGUGACCGAUCUUAGCGUGAGAAAACCAGUAUAACAAGCAGGCUUCAGCAGUAGAAACGCGCGCAUAGUAAUAGACAACCGGAGGGGUAUAGAAGCUCUACUAUAUAGAAGAGGAAGAUGAAAAAACCAAGCAACUAAAAUUUAGUCGAGAAGGGUGACAACCGUAGCAGGCAAAGGAACAUACCCAACAGCAGCAGUAGGACGAUGAUUUCAAUAAGACAAAAUUAGCGCCAUCAAAAUCGAUUUCAAGCGUCCACCUUUCGAUAGGCUACGGCGGUACAGGUGUAGCUGGCAGAAGCGAGCUGUCUAUAGAACCGCCACCGGUGCGCUUGCGCAUUGAUCGGGUGCCCGUUUAUUUGUUGGCCGUUGAGUCGUUUUCCACUUCCAAUGGAUUUAUUGUUAUUUAACCCGACCGUUCGUAUGACGGACUGGCAAAAGCGGCAUGCAGCCCAGUGCGCCUGCCCGGGGCCGAUAUUUCCCGUGGUAGCAAACGCACGUCUGGCAGCACUUAGACGGCGCCGUAUAGAGCAGAAAUAUUUUCCAAUGGACGGGAUCAUGGGACGCAAUUGAUUACGACUCCCUUACUCCCGCCGGGAAUGAAGAAGGUAAUAAAACUGCCCGGCGGGAACUGUCGGUGGCAGUUAAUGUGAGCAAUAGAAAAAAAUAUCUUGUUCAAAUCGUACUUUCGUAGACGCGCAACAAAGAAGAGAGAAAAUUAAGAAAAACAAAAACACUCAUGAGGCCAGGCAGAUAAAGCGAUACUUCGUCGCCUAGCUGCGAUAGAUCGUGUGAUCGACAAACAAACCGAACAAAGAAACAGCAUAACCUAGUAUGAAAAUCAACAAAAAAAAAAGAACGGAAGAAAAACAGUCGUUUAUUGAGAGUAUUAUUGUACCAUUUGGUGUUUUUGACACG